GGGUGAGAAAUAGAGGAUUUUUUCAUCAUGCGGGUGAAAUAAAUCGCCUUAUUGUUCUCCGAAAUAGUUGGAGAAAAUAAUGUGAUGAGGGGAAUAGUGGAAAAUCCACGGAUGUAAAGAAAAUACGGAAACGGAAAAGCCAACACCCCCCACAAGCGCAUGCGCGGCGCUCCCCUAUAAACCCCCUUUCCACCCUGUGAUAUCGUGCACUCGGGUUUCGUCUGUGUUUCUUUCCACUUGGUCCAGUGUAUACAAAGCAUCCUUCACAUAUCCGUAUCAUUUACCCCCGAUAAAUUCACCGAUAAAUUCAUCCCGAUAAAUCAUCAAAAAAUAUUCCCACCCCCGACUAACAGAUCCAACAUUUCCAUAAACUAUAAAAACUAUAUAAAAACAAUUUACUCUCAAUAUUCAAUUUGUGAUACAAACUGUCAAUCAUAUCGGCACGAUUUGUAGUUUGAAAAAAAUCAAGUGAAACAAUACGCAGUAAAAUAUUCACCGAAAAAUCCAGUGGGUGAAUGAAAAUAAUUUUAAUUAUUUUACGAGUGAUAAACAAACAAUUCAUCAGUUAAUUCAGAAGAUAAACAAGUCAGAUACUGACAUCCAUGAACUCAACGUAUGGAUCAUCAGGCGCCCCUGAGAAUGGCAGAAAUAUGGAGAUAUCGGGAUGAAAAUUCCGAUUGCAGGAGAGAAGAAAAAUCGAGAGCGGGAAGAGGUAUGAAUCCAGAACGAGUUGGCCAGAUGAUAGGGAAAUUCACCUCGACUAGCCAUGGAGCAUGAAAUACAUCAAAUGGAAUCAGUAGUUGUGGAGAAUAAUGCAGUAUGGGCUGGAGAUGGACUGGAAAACAGCAACUAUUCAAUAACCAAUUUAUGCAGAUGAUGGUGAGAAAUGGGCACGGGCCUCAUCGUGUACAUCCUCUUCAGAAUUAUUCAAAGACUCCUUACGCUGUCACGACUGAUCCCUUCAGACAGUAAUGAAGAUUGAGAAGGGUAUCAACAAUGGCUACUCAUUCUACUGGGAACAGAACAACCACCGGCCAUGGAUUGCUGCUGGAAGAGGUUACCAUGGUGCUCACUGGUGUUUUCCUCGGGCUUCUCAUCCUCGUUACUAUUGUCGGAAAUGUAUUCGUUAUAGCCGCCAUUCUGCUGGACAGAAAUUUACAAUCCGUUGCAAAUUACCUCAUCAUCAGUCUUGCGGUAGCUGAUCUCAUGGUCGCCUGUUUGGUUAUGCCGCUCAGCGCUGUUUACGAGGUAAAUUCGGGAUGGUCAUUAGGUCCUGAACUAUGUGACAUAUGGACGAGCAGUGAUGUUCUGUGUUGCACAGCGUCAAUACUGCAUCUGGUGGCAAUUGCUGUUGACAGAUAUUGGGCAGUGACGGAUCUUAAUUAUAUUCAGGGAAGGACUCCAAGAAGAAUAUCCCUCUUAAUUGUAGGUGUGUGGCUUGUAUCUCUAGGAGUCUCACUGGCGCCUCAAUUUGGAUGGAAGGAUCCAGCUUACAUGGAGCGCAUUGCCCAGGGAAAGUGUCUAGUUUCCCAAGAUCCCGCAUAUCAGAUUUUCGCCACGUGUGCCACAUUUUAUGUGCCACUCUUAGCUAUUCUGUUCUUAUAUUGGAGAAUAUUCCAAGCAGCAAGAAGGCGGAUACGGAAACGCCCCGGAGCAAAAGUCCAUCAGUCCCGACAGGGGAAUGGACUUCUCAAACUCGUCAGACGCAGACCACUGGAGGAGUCCACCGCUUUCACAAUAACCCGAUCAACACCAGAAAAUUCAUCAGCGUCUCCCGAAAAGACAUCGUACGAUGGCAUAACACCGAUCCAAGCGGCAUCGGUAUCAACGACGAUAACAACGACAAUGGGUACUAUAAUGUCAACGGCAUCAACAGCAAUUGUGGUGCAAAGUUCGCAGCCGCAACUUAACACAAAAACAAUUGAGGCAAAGCGUGAGAGAAAGGCAGCUAAGACGCUUGCCAUUAUUACAGGUGCCUUCGUGGCAUGUUGGCUUCCUUUCUUCCUUGUUACCCUACUCCAAGCUAUCUGUACUGUUUGUUAUCCACCAGAGCUGCUAGCUAGUUUCUUUCUAUGGCUAGGUUAUUUCAAUAGUACCCUAAAUCCCAUUAUUUAUACAAUCUUCUCACCGGAAUUCCGUCUGGCCUUCAAGAAAAUGUUGUGUGUGGGUACACGCUCUGUUGCCCGCUAACGCCGAAUCAAGUGUAUCAUCCAACCAGACAAUGAUCUAUUUAUCAUUCAAUGUAAGAUUAAUAUGCAAAUAUCAGCUAUACGUAAGUUGAGAUGAUAAAGGUGUGUUCAAUCGUUAA